AUGGUCAAAGCUGUCGCUGUAUUAAGAGGAGAUGCCAAGGUUGGCGGUAUCGUCACCUUCGAACAAGAAUCCGAAGAAAAGCCAACAAUUGUCUCCUGGGACAUCAGUGGUAACGCUCCAAAUGCUUUGAGAGGGUUCCACGUUCAUCAAUUCGGUGAUAACACAAACGGUUGUACCUCUGCUGGUCCUCACUUCAACCCAUUCGGUAAGACCCAUGGUGCUCCAGAAGAUGUAGACAGACACGUUGGUGACUUGGGUAACAUCACCACCGACUCUGAAGGUGUUGCCAAAGGUACCAAGCAGGACUUGUUGCUUAAGUUGAUUGGUCCAAACUCUAUUAUCGGUAGAACUGUCGUUGUCCAUGACGGUACUGAUGACUUGGGUAAGGGUGGUCAUGCUGACUCUCUCAAGACUGGUAAUGCCGGUGGUAGACCAGCCUGUGGUGUUAUUGGUUUGACCCAAUAA